AUGCCACGGCUCGAGCUUUUUCUUGCGUCGAUUGCACGGGGGCUCUUUGAAUGCGGAAGCUGGGUGUCACUGGGCAAUGCAGUCUGUAUGCUUGCUUUGUGCCGCGUGUGGUGCAUGUACUCGUAUGUAUGUCAGAAGACACACGCGCGUCGGAGUGAUUCCAUGUGGCCGGAGACGCGACCAGACAAGCCCGACGGGCGCCGCCAUCGUGACUUGAUUGACAGGGGAAGUGGCGGCCAGCCCCAAGGCCAGGGCAGCCGUUCGCCCUCGAAACAACCAGGGUGGUGCUGGUGGCCGCUUGAUCGCGUCCGGCCUAACGCACUGGCGCAUGCUGCCCUGCGUCAACGUGGCAUUGGCGCAUGGGGCGGGCGGGCGCUGAAGAAGGGAGCCGCAAAUUUGCUGGCGUCGUUGUUGUUGUUGUUGUCGUUGUCGUCCGUCAGGGGGCUUGGUGUUGUUGUUGUUUCUUUCUGGCGUCGUCACGCGUGUUCUCAACCCGUUGUUGAUUGUGCAGAGGUUCUACAAAGUGUUAGGAGAGCCUUGUAUAGCCAGCCCAGGGGCCGGCCUCCCCCUGUCCCAGGUCAUCCUUGCGCAGGGCAGAUGACGGGAUUGCCUUGGCUGCUCCAUCGCAUGCCGUUGCAUCAAGCUGCCGGCCGGCCAGCACCGGGGGGAACCGUCGAAUGCGUCAUGGUACGUGGGACCAAGCCAGGCACAGUCGUGCACUGCGCACUGAGAAGAGCUGGUAGGUAG